ACACUCCUCGGUUCUCAAAUGAGAUGCGCGCGCAUAAUCAGUGGUGAUAAAUCAGUGCGUAGCAAAAUCUUGUCGAGGUCGGACGUGGUCUGACACUCUGGUGAUAAAUUAUUGCACUAACUUUUUAUUUAGUAGCUACGAGGUAGUUACGAUUGAAUAAAUUACUACGUGGUAGUAAUUAUUAUAAAAGCAAUUUACAAUAAUUUAUUUUGUGAUAAACACAAUAUAAUUAUAUUCUUUCGUUAAAUAUUUAUUUCUAUAAAUAUUUUCGUUUAAAUUUGACUGUGUCGCCAUUUUAAGUUGUCGGUAACUUAAUUUAUCGAUAAUAAUAUAGGUACCCGUCUCGCACGUGUGUCAGUAAAGUACCCGUAUUACAUGUGUUAGAAUGGCGGACGCAAUGUUGCCAAAAACGAAAGAAAACGACGGUAAAGUCCCAAACCCAAAGCCUCAGUCGUCAAAAUCUGUUGAGGGAAAUAAAGGUCCUUCGGGUAAAGGCCCUAUGAGUGGGAAGAAGACGUCUAGUAAACCGUCUGUUGCGAGUACAUCGCAAAGUUGUUCCCAAGGUUCUACUUCCAUGCCUUCUACCGGCACCGGUCCGGAUGUAAAUUUAGUGACUUUCACGCAAGAAAUGGCCGGUAUAAUGAGAGAAAUGAGGGAUAAUCAGAAUCAACUGUCGCAGAGAGUUGAAACAAUUGCCGAACGUGUUGACAGUUUAACCUAUGAUUUUGGCCAGUGUGGGCCUAGUUAUGAGCCUAGUCAGGCUAGUGAUGAUGAUGAUAAUUGUCAGCUAUUUUCUGAUAAGUCCCAAGAUGAUUGUUCCUUGUCCGGUUAUUCUCAGUCACAGCAGGUUCAUGAUGUUGCUGAACAGGGUCUGUUUAAAGGGUUAUUAAACAAGUUCAAACAGACAGAACAGGUUGAUAAUGAAGUGCAUGGGGAUUUGGCAAAUUUUAUAAAUGAAAGCUUCCGAGGUGGAAUGUCAGAUGAGGCAUACACUAGUUUAAGUAAAGACAUCCAUAGGCCGUCAAAUUGUAUGAGUCUUACCAAAACCACUGUUAAUCCUCAAAUUUGGUCUUACAUGAAACCAUGGACACAAACAGCGGAUGUAAAAAUGCAAGCUAUUCAAGUGGCAGUUGUAAAGGCAGCUAUUAAUUUCACUAAAAUGAUGGAUAAAAUUGCCAACUCUGUGGACAGUGAUAUAUUAGAGUUUGGUUCAGAUGCCUUAGGUAUACUAGGACAUGCACACAAGUUAAUAAAUGUGCGUCGUAAAGAAAUGCAUCAGGCGGAUUUAGACAAUAGGUAUAAACAGUUAUGUUCUGCCAAUGUUCCUUUUACUGACAAACUAUACGGUGAUGAUGUAUGUAAAAAUGUCAAAGAGAUUCAAGAUAUGAGUCGUGUUGGGAAACAGUUGUCUGUACUGUCAAGAUUUAAGGGUCCGAGAAGAGGCCGUCCAUAUCCCUCAGGGCCUUAUGGCAAUUUCCGAGGAAGAGGCCGUGGUCGUGGUGGACGUUACCAACCAUUGACGAGUAGUUAUACUCAAGCGCCAAAAAACCCCAAGAUGGGAGUCGGCAAACGUUAAAUUUAGAGUUUGGUAGGCAGAUGUCUGCAGAAAGUACUGCAGGACAGAGCAGACUGUAUUUUAAUAGCUCCAGCGUGGGAAACAGCAGAAUUAUUAUCCAGUGUUGAUGAAUUUGUUGAUAGACAACCCGGUUAUGCUUCCACAAGGGAACAUUUUAUCCAUAGUGAACACCA